CUCCGAGCCAAGAUAGGAAGCGAACGAUUCUGGCAAAUUACCCCUGUGGGCUCACUGACUCGGCAGUAAUUUCUACACUUAUAAGAAGGCAUUAAUGCCGCGUGUAGGAUGUGUUUUCCUUACUACAGACUAAUGCAAGUCGCGCGGAAGAGCGUGCAUCAAGAAAUGCAUUUAAAUGCAUAAGUGGCAAAUUGCAAGGGAUCAGUCUUAUAAUUUGCACUUUCUUUUUCGUUGCCAAAGGGCCGUGGAAGCUACAUCGUUGUAGGAGCUUUGGAAAGUAAAUGUAUUUUUUAUUUAAAAGUGCGCUUGCUGAUGUAUAAAUUACGCCCGAAACAUUUGAAACUGACAGGUCCUGCUAAUUACAAUCUAACCAGAACUGUAGGACAAUUAUUAUGCAUACAUUCCCGACCAACAGUUGAGAAGCGGCAAAACUUAAUUUAUCAUAAAGAACAGUUCACACAUUUUCUUAAGUUAUUCAAGUGUAACUUCUAUAUGAACCUACCGCGAAGGAACUAUUCAUCCGAGAAAGAGAAAGAAAAGAAAGCCGCGAAUUAAUUAGACGUUCAGAUAAACGUUCUGUAUGCAUUAUUAAUUAGGACCUUUGCUUCUGCUUCUCUCGUGAACUCGGGCGAUUCAAGACUGUGCAAACAGCGGGCAGGCUUCGGCGGAGCGCCGAAACCCUUGAAUAUCAAACGCUCUCCGCUAACAACAGCCAUUGGUAGGAAUGUCUGGGUUUUGUCUAAAGUCUGUUAGCUCAAUCCAUUCAGCUCGGUCCUUGCCUGGAUGUCUUGGAGACAGCCGCGUUACCCGUCGCUUCGCUAUUUCUCCGGACCCUGUGAAUUGCACUCUGCUAAGUACACAGUACUGAAUCUCCGAUCAUUACGCGCUUUCCAGCAAAUCAGUACAAUUCGCCUGCAGUAAGGGAGCUUCGGAUUUUCUUUCUGCUCAUUCCGGGAUGGCUUCUCGUGUGUAGCCAAGACCGUUUUUUUCUUCUGCAAAGUGAAAUACCUUAGAGAAAUUGACAAGUUUAGUCAAUUUCUGGAGUUGGGGGAGGGCUUUCCCCCCCUUUUUGUUCUCUUUUUCUGUCUUCUUGUUCUUUUGGUACUGGCUGUUUGACGAAUUGGUGCCACACAAUGCCAAGAAUGGGAAUGCACCUACACACACUGCUGUUGCAGUGUGUUUUCACUAGUUUUUUGUGUAAUGCGUCUGCUUUUACUGAGGAACCCGCAGAUAAAACGGGGAAGUCGGAUGGAUAUUGCAGUAGGAUUUUAAGGGCUCAGGGCACGCGGAGAGAAGGUUAUAACGAGUUUCGGCUGAGGGUAGAGGGAGAUCCAGAAUACUAUCUACCUGGGAGCACCUACAGAGUGACCUUGUUCGCAUCCAGCCCUUCUUAUUUCAGAGGUUUCACGCUCAUCGCCCUGCGGGAGGGGAGGGACGGCGACAAGGACGAGGAUUACGCCGGCAAUUUUCAGAUCAUCGACGAGGAGGACACUCAGUUCAUGACCAACUGCCCGCCGGCAGUCACCGAGAGCACCCCGAGGAGGAGGACCAGAAUACAGGUGUUCUGGACAGCGCCCCCUGCUGGGAGCGGCUGCGUCAUUCUCAAGGCGAGCAUCGUGCAGAAGAGGAUCAUCUACUUCCAGGAUGAAGGCUCGCUCACAAAGAGGAUGUGCGAGAGAGAGUCGCCGUUCGGGGAGGUGACGGAGAAGCCCGCGAUGGAGUGCUGCGCCUGCGGAACCGCCAAGUACCGGCUGACCUUCUACGGGAACUGGUCCGAGACCGUGCACCCCAAAGACUACCCAAGGCGAGCCAACCACUGGUCAGCCAUCAUCGGGGCGUCCCACUCCAGGAACUACAUGCUCUGGGAGUACGGGGGCUACGCCAGCGAGGGGGUGAAGCAGGUGGCCGAGCUGGGGUCCCCCGUCAAGAUGGAGGAGGAGAUCCGCCAAAAGGGCGACGACGUCCUCACCGUCAUCAAGGCCAAGGCGCAGUGGCCCGCGUGGCAGCCGCUCAACAUCAGACGGGCGGCUCCCUCGGCCGAGUUUUCGGUGGACCGCACGCGCCACCUCAUGUCCUUCCUCACCAUGCUGGGCCCCAGCCCCGACUGGAACGUGGGGCUGUCCUCCGAGGACCUCUGCACCAAGGAGUGCGGCUGGGUCCAGAGGGUGGUCCAGGACAUGAUCCCCUGGGACGCCGGGACCGACAACGGGGUCACCUACGAGUCUCCCAACAAGCCCACCGUCCCCCAGGAGAAGAUCCGCCCCCUCACCAGCCUGGACCACCCCCAGAGCCCCUUCUACGACCCCGAGGGCGGGCCCAUCACGGCCGUCGCCCGCGUGGUGGUGGAGAGGAUCGCCAGGAAGGGCGAGCAGUGCAACAUCGUCCCCGACAACGUCGACGACAUCGUGGCGGACAUCGCCCAGGAGGAGAAGGAAGAAGAUGACACACCGGAGACCUGCAUCUACUCCAACUGGUCCCCCUGGUCAGCCUGCAGCUCCUCCACCUGCGAUAAGGGCAAGCGCAUGAGGCAGAGGAUGCUGAAGGCCCAGCUGGACCUCAGCGUUUCCUGCCCGCACACCCAGGACUUUGAGCCCUGCAUGGGGCCGGGCUGCAGCGACGAGGAAGGGUCCACCUGCAUGAUGUCGGAGUGGAUCACCUGGUCCCCCUGCAGCGUGUCCUGCGGGAUGGGGGUGCGGUCCCGGGAGAGGUACGUCAAGCAGUUCCCCGAGGACGGCUCCAUCUGCACCCUGCCCACCGAGGAGUCGGACAAGUGCGUCGUCAACGAGGAGUGCUCCCCCAGCAGCUGCCUGGUGACAGAGUGGAGCGAGUGGGACACCUGCAGCGCCACCUGUGGGCUGGGCAUGAAACGGCGGGAGCGCAUGGUGAAGAUGCCCCCGUCAGACGGCUCCCUUUGCAGCGCGGAGGUGGCGGAGGUGGAGAAGUGCAUGAUGCCCGAGUGCCACACCAUCCCCUGCAUGCUGUCGCCCUGGUCGGACUGGAGCGACUGCAGCGUGACGUGCGGGAAGGGCUCACGCACGCGCCAGCGCAUGCUCAAGUCCCCCGUGGAGCUGGGCGAGUGCACCGAGGACCUGGAGCAGGUGGAGAAGUGCAUGCUUCCCGAGUGCCCCACGGACUGCGGCGUGUCCGAGUGGUCCGAGUGGUCCGAGUGCAACAAGUCGUGCGGGAAGGGUCACGUGAUCCGCACGCGGAUGGUGACGCUGGAGCCGCAGUUCGGCGGGAACGCCUGCCCCGAGACGGUGCAGCGGAGGAAGUGCAAGGUGCGCAAGUGCAACCGCGGCGCCGGGGCCGCCGCCGGCGAGGAGCGCAGGAAGCGCAAGGAGGACCGCGAGAAGAGGCGGAGCAAACCCAGCCACGACGACACCGCGCAGGAGCACCCAGGGUGCCGGAUGCGGCCGUGGUCGGGCUGGACAGACUGCACCAAGCCGUGCGGCGGGGGCAUCCAGGAGCGCUUCAUGACGGUGAAGAAGCGCUUCAAGAGCUCGCAGUUCGCCAGCUGCAAGGACAGGAAGGAGAUCCGCGCCUGCAACGUGCACCCCUGCUAGGGGGCGCCCCCUCGGGGGGCGGGACGGGGC